AUGGUGGCGGUGCGCGCUUCUGGUGUUGUUGUGGUUGCAGUGGUCGUGCUGGCUGCUGCUGUGGGCGUGCAGGCGCGUCCCGGCAGCAAGGGCAUCAAGCCAUUAAUGGGCUGGAACACAUGGUGCACGCAAAACAAGUGUGGCGUGGACUGGUGCACGUCUGAUGAAGUGCUGGACGUCGCCAAGACCAUCAAAGCCAGCGGCAUGCUUGCAGCUGGUUACGACCACAUCAACUUGGACGAUUGCUGGGGCCUGCGCGAUCCAAAGACACAUGAGAUCAAAGGUGACCCAGUCCGGUUUCCUGAAGGCAUGAAGGCGUUCAUCAAGAAGAUCCACGACCUGGGCUUCAAGUUCGGCCUUUACACUGACUUGGGCGCGGACGCGUGCCACUCGCCAUUCACGGGGAGCUACCCCUACUAUGCGCAGGAUGCGGCCACAUUCAAGGACUGGGAGGUGGACUACGUCAAGUUUGACGACUGCAACCUGCCGGACGGCCACACCAAGGAAGAGCUGUCAUGCGACAUGUCAUCUGAGCUGCUCAAGACGGGGCGCGACUUCUGGUUGUGCUUCCACUGCGACUGGAACUCGGACACGUGCGCCAAGUGUGGCACCUCCUUCCGCAUCGCCCACGACCACCACGACGAGUGGGACAGCACCAGCAGCAUCAUCGACGUCCUCGCCCACAACCGCCAGCCAUAUUGGGGCCCAAACCCCACCUACGGCCUCCCAGACCCAGACUUCAUCUUCACCGGUGGGCAGGGCUGCGGCGCGCACUCCCCGCCGGGCACGCGCUGUCCUGGGCAGACCGAGGACGAGUACAUGUCGGAGUUUAGCGUGUGGACCAUUGCCGGCGGCUCCUUGCUGAUAGCGUCAGACCCGCGCAACAUGACGGACUUCAUGGCGCGCGUGUGGUUCAACCACGAGAUUCUCGCCGUGUACAACGACAGCGCCAGCUUGCAGUCUGUUCGCGCCAUUGGCAACGGCACCCUCAGCCAUGCCCGGCACACGAUGCACCUGCAUGCACAGCGCAAGCAGGAACAGGAACAGCAGCAGCAGCGGCAGCGGCAUGACCUGAAGCCUUUGGCGUCAUGUGCGUUGGAGAAGCAGCUGUCGCACGACCCGUGUGUGCAGGGCGUCUCAUUUGGCUGCAACGGCGACGAGACCAUGUGGACCGAUCACGGUUGCCGCGGCAUCUUCACGUGCGAUGGCGUGCAGGAUGUCACCUGCAAUGAGGAUGGCAGCGGCAAGCACACGUGCAAGUGCGUCACCACGCCCCCGCCACCAUCCAUUGUGCUUGCUCGCCCGCUGUCCGACAACAGCACGGUCGCUGUUGUCAUCCACAACGCCGCCAUGGUGAACCAAACGCUUGGCUUCCACUUCUCUGCGGUGCCGGAGCGCGCGUGGAACAGCAAGACGACCUUGCACGUGCGCGACCUCUGGCGACACGCCGAUCUUGGCAAGGCCACGGGUUCAUUCUCGACUUUUGUUCCUGCACAUGGCUCCGCGUUCCUCCUCCUCUCCCCUGCAUCAUGA